CCAUUCUCUUCCAUCCAUUAACACAGGCAGCAGCACGGUCCUAACCUUGAUAGAGUAAAAUGCAGGCUUCUGGAAGGUACAAAUGCUCAAGAUGUUAGGGCACUUGUUUUGGAUAUGCAAGCAAGAUUAUUGCUGGAUAUGUUGAGCAAGGGGAUUGAAUCUGCCCUUGUAAAUCCUGCAACUUUGCUACCUGAGCCUUGGCAGGCUUCUGGUGAGACAUUAUCUAGCAUGGAUGCUGACAAAAUGAUAGUUGAACAAGCUUUGGUUCCAAGCAUCCAGGCAUAUGUUGAUGCUGUUCUUGAUCUAGCUUCACACUUCAUUACACGCUUGCGACGCUAUGCAAGUUUUUGCCGUACUUUGGCUAGUCAUGCAGUUGGGGCAUCUUCGGGUGCAGCUGGUGCUCGGAAUAUGGUGGCGAGUCCGUCUCAAAGUGCUGCAUCUCCAUCAACCAGUCAGGGUGCUCAAAGUGGAGUUACAAGUACGACUGGAAGCUCUCAAAUGCAAGCAUGGGUUCAAGGUGCAAUUGCUAAAAUCAGCAAUAAUGCUGAUGGAGGUUCCUCUACAGCAGCAAACCCCAUUAGUGGGCCAUCUUCCUUCAUGCCAAUUAGCAUUAACACAGGGACUUUUCCUGGAACGCCUGCUGUCAGGCUUAUCGGAGACUGCCAUUUUCUUCAUAAAUUAUGUUAUCAUAAACAUUUAUAUGAGGUGAUAUUCAUAUGCAAUGAGAACAGUAAGAACACCUAA